CAGGCUUUUGUGAAUAAUUCUAGGCUAUUGUUACAAGUACAACAAAGCAUGAGCGUAAAGUACGUGAUGUUGAACUAGAUAAGGCUUUCACGAUGUACUUCUUAGGCUUAUGCGCAGUAGAACACUAGGUACAGCUCGAGAUUGAGCAAGUAGAGAUUGAUACAAUGUCGCUGUCGUAGAAGUAGUUAUUCGCUCAGCAUAGAAGUACUACGUCAGUAUUACUAGAAAGUGGACUUGUAGAAGAUAAGAAGAAGUUAUUCUUCCUGCUAUCAAGAAAAAGAAUAAGAAACACCAAGCCAUGUCAUCCGAGGUGAGAACGUUGCUGCUCCAGAUCGGCAAGGAGCUCGGGAGAACCGACGCCCAAAUGGAACCUGCCAUCGCAAAACUGGAGGAUCAGUGGUACGACUCUCUCGAUUCGCUGCGCGCUAUCACUGACUGGGCACCGCUUGGCUUGCCACAACGACUCGUCGAUGAAAUACAGAAGAGGAUACGACCUGUAGGCAAUGGCGGAGGUUCUCCUCGUGUAGCUAAUGCUGCUGGAACAGCGAAUGCAGUAGCCGGUGGUCCGAAACCAACGCCAGAAGCAGUGUCGCAACAUUCGGGAGGUCACGUUCUAGGUGGAGGCAGUUGUAGUUCAUCUUCAUCAAGCAAAGGCCCACAUGGAGCAACAACAGCGACAUCUCCAAACAAAUGGGACUUAGCUCCAGAGAACGUCCCUCUUGGAGAGGCUGUUGGCGAUCUGGAAGCGCUUGCAGUGAAACUAGUUUCCUCAUCAUCGAGUAACAACGGAGCAGAUGUUUCGACCUGUGUAGCGACAGUCUUCAAGCUGUUACACGCAGUUUUGAAGAAUCCGGAGGACGACGCAAAAAGAAGCAUCAACUUAGCAAACGAGAACUUUCAUCAAAGGGUACUGCACUACAAGAAAUUUCUAUUUUAUUAUUUGUAGAAGCGCCGCCGCCGGCGCUGAAAUAAUUAGUUUUAGCAGAUAGGAGGAAGAGGAUACUUGAUGAUGAUUACCCUUUUCUCUUUUCUAUCUUCCUCCUCGUCUGGUCUUUCAUUUUUCUAGUUAGGUCGUCUCACGCAACAUUAUUAGUAGAACUUAGUGGUAGUCUCGGACGCAGAUAGUAGUCGUAUUCUAGCAGUAGUCCCUCCUUGAUUUUCUGCUUGUGUUCACCAUACAGCGAAAGCGAGACGCAAACGUAGGUUCUUUUCAUCUGUUCUCGUCGUACCUACCUUCCUCCAAAUCAUCCACCCUGACCAUGAAGGUAGGCCGUUUCGCACCCGCCAUUGAGUUUCUUCAAACAAGCGGGUUUCAGAAGCUUCAGACCGAGAAUAAACUGGUUAUGCGGAAGGCAUACAUAUCGCGAUUGACGGACGCCCAUAAUUUCCUAGCACAAGCCGUUCAGCAGUCGAAUAUAUCUGUGUCAAUCAUCCCAGCGUUGCCGAUGAAAUUCAACCCCUUCCAAUCCAGUUUCUCAAGCAUCGCAGCAAGCCAAACAGGCAGACCUGUCGGGAAAAUGGCGGAGAAACGUAUCUCUCCAAUAAUUCUUGAGAGUAACCUCCUUGAGAACCACAUCAAGAUCCACAGAACAUUGUUGAACAUUGUUUUCAGUCCUCUGCUAGUAUGUUAGUUCAGUAUCUUCAUGUUCAUACGAUUCCGACCAUGAAGAUCAUAGUUUCCUAUCUUUUCCAUUCAUUCAAGAUCAUGAAAUCCUAGAUCUAGGACUAGAUUUAGAACUCAGCUCUACCACAACGUCAAACUAAGGUUCCCAAGAAGCAGCUCAACUGGCAGAAGAACUUGCGCAGAAGAGGCAGCAGCUAGAGGCUAUGGAGAGACCCGAUCAAGCGAUGGACGAUAACGUCGCAAGCUUUUUGCUAGGCCCUCCGAAGUUGUGUUGGACGCAAGAUCUAGGUAUACGAACUUUCUAAGAGGAAAUAUGACGGUGCUGAAGUUGUUUUGAUCCUAGAUGAUGCUAGAGUUGUGACCACAAGUUCUUGUACCUUGUUAGAAUUAAAUGUACUCAACGAUAUUAUCAACUGCUCGCUCUGGUGGACGAAGUACAUGAGCAGUUGGAGCACAACACCAACAGACCAAUUUUCUACUCAAAAAUGAUGAGAGCAAGCGUUUCUCACGAUGGUCUCAUGAGGCGAGAGCCGCUGAUUCCAAUCCGUUUACCCAGCUCACUCUGACAUUUGAAUUUGGUCUGUGAUAAGUGAACAGGCCAACGCCUAAACGACCACUAAGCCAACUGCGCAUAGGUGGUUCGGCCGCCUUUCUCGCGAUCUCUGUUGGCUUCUCCAUUCCACUAGAAUGAAGACGUUCUACCUUUACUCUGGUCCCUCACGACCCUGCUGAUGAGGUCUAUCUUCCUAAGAGAAAAUGGUAAAAAUGACAAUGACAAUUUCAAUUCUUGUUUUUCUUCCCUUUUAAAAAUGUCACAAGAAGAUCUUUCCCCACGACUCUGUGAAAUAGGUUCUCUCAAAGACGCAAUUAAAGCAAGCGCAGAGGAGUUUAUGGAAGACGGCGAGACAGACGACGCAAUAAUCCGAGACCUCGUGAGAGGUAUGCAAGGAACUGGCGCGGGAAAUUUUAAAGUUAAGAUAUGAAUAUGAUUCAUAUUAUGAAGAGUAGUACCAAUUUUAAGUUAUGUUCCAACUGACGAAAGAUAAGGAAUCAAUGUUGAUCAUGUUGGCUAAAAAACAAUGGGGGGGUACUGACAUUCUACUCGAUCGUCGACCAAGAAGAGCAUUAUUAUCGUUAAAUUUUUCAAGUCUUCAUGUUCCUCUAAAAAAUCACGCGAAAAGUCCGAAUUAGCCGAUUUCCAGAGAAGAAAAGUAUACCAAGUCGUCCUCAUCCGUAUCCUGUUUCCGAACAAGAUGAUUUUCGAAGUCAAAUGCAGACCGAAUGAGACGGUACUUACUUAAAUUUUGUAUCUUCUUUUCGUAUUUGGUAUUGCUGAUCUUGAACUUGAUCUAGUGCGUGGUUGUUGUAAAUGAAAAUAGGUAUCUGUACCGCAGGCUCAGAAAAAGUAGGGAGUAUCUGUACCUCAGGCUCUUUAGGAAAAGGGACGAGUCCCACAAACUCAUGUUGAAGUUGACUUUUCCAAUUCUCGUCGUCACCGUCUCGAUUCAUAGGUAAAGGCGCUUUACCGCAAAGUGGAAACAAUUUUACGGUUGAAAGCGGAUACUGACUUUUACCUCUAUGACACACCGCCAAUACGAAAGUUCAGCCCUUCUUCCCGUAAAACGCUUACGCAAGAGGGGCUUGCUCCCGGCAGCAACCUGCAUCUCGGACUAGUCACUGAAUCCGCUUUGCUGCAGCAAUACGCUCAAACGAAACUAGCUUCAAACGGUGCUUCUAGUAGUUACUCCAACAACACUCGAACAGUGUCCACAGUAGCCCUGCCAAUGCAGCCAGAAUACUACUUGACUGCGGAGGCGUUAGCUUUACUCCCGCCAGAACCAAAGCCAAUGGAUAUCACUCCAGCCGCUUCUUCAUCACACGCGAGCGGCAACUCCCAACAGUCCCGUCUUUUGGGUGAAGCAGCAAGCGCGAGUAAUGGCAGAGCACUAGGGAAUCCGACAAGUAAACCUUUUCCGAGAGCUGCAUAGAAAUCACGUCGAACAAAGACGAAGACCAAGGGGAUUCAUUGCCGAAGUUUUUAGAGGAGAACAAGCUUUAGGGAAGUCGUACUGAAGUAAGCCAACUAAAUUUAUUUGUCUUUUGAUUAGGUCAUCGUCAUUUGCUGCUGUAGACCAAAGAUCGCUUUCUUAUUUUCAUAGCGACCUCGUCACCAAAGGCAAUCUUUUUUGGGCAUGUUGUACUUCACCCAGUAUUUAGUCAAUCUUGACCCAGAGUACGACCCUCAAAUUUUUGAAAUUAUACUCGCGGCCAAGCAGGUGAACCAAAACUACAGACUAUGCGUGGUGUCAUCAAUUGAAAGCCGCAUACUGUAGUCCUCUUGUAAAAAAAAGGCUCGCCUCGUCCGCGCAUCACAGAGAAGAUGAACAUUUAAUUACAUGAAGCUGCUGGCUGCAUGUAAAAAUUACCAAAAAGAUGUCGCAGCGAUG